UGGUGUAAACAGGGAGCACACACAUUCACUCACACACACCACAUCCAUCCAUACAGGCAGACGGACACACACUGUAUGAUCCUCCACUCGCGCAGCGCACAUGGAGUUAAUGUAGGCGCUCUCCUCUCCCAUAUGGACUGAACAGUGAUCGAAGCUUUUGGAUUUCUUAUAUCUACUUCCCCGCUCCAGAGAGAAAAUGUGGAGAUACACGAACGUGUUUGCCUGUCUGCUGGUUCUGUGCAAGGAUGCGUCCUCUCAGAGCAAGAUCUUUGGGGAGACUGAGCCAGUCCGGAUGACGUCCGAGGGCUCGGACUGUCGCUGUAAGUGCAUCAUGCGUCCUCUAAGUAAGGAUGCCUGCCUGCGGCUGCGGAGCGGCAGCGUACGCGUGGAGGAUUUCUACACAGUGGAGACGGUAAGCUCUGGAUCCGACUGUAAGUGCUCGUGCACGGCCCCGCCCUCCUCCCUCAACCCCUGUGAGAAUGAGUGGAAGAUGGAGAAGCUGAAGAAACAGGCACCUGAGUUACUGAAGCUCCAGUCGAUGGUAGACCUGCUGGAGGGAACUCUGUACAGCAUGGAUCUCAUUAAAGUCCACUCCUACAUCAACAAGGUGAUGUCGCAGAUGAACACUCUGGAGGAGACAAUCAAGACCAACCUGACGCGGGAGAAUGAGUUUGUGCGGGACAGCAUGAUGAGCCUCACCAACCAGUUUAAAAGAUAUGAGAACUACUCCAACAUCAUGAUGAGCAUCAAGAAGGAGAUCUCCAGCCUCAGCCUGCAGCUGCUGCAGAAAGACAAAGCUCAGGACACUAAUGAUGACAAAACCAAGGUGCCUGUGAAACUCCCCAACAAAAAGACUCCUGCAGCCAAACCUCCUCCCAAAGCAGCCAAAGAGAAGGUCGUAAAGCCCAAGAAAGAGGUCAUUAAACCCGGGAAACUGCUCAAGCCUGACCCCACAGCCAAAGCCAAGGUGAUUGGCCACCAGCCCAGUGUGGUAAGGGGCAUCACAUACUACAAGGCUGCCAAGACCAGCGACGACCACAGAGAAGACCACUCUGCCAAAGCGUACUCAGUCCACCAUGUCACAGAGAGCCAGUCUGAGGACGGAGCCGAGAUGGUCCUGGAAACCAUGAAGGCCACUGUGGCUGAACCCGUCACCAACACUGCAUCCCCCACCACUACAACUACCACCACCACCCAAACGACUACCACCACCACCAUUGCACCCACUACUAUCACCACACAGAACACAGCAGCGUCUGAGAGACCGGCUCCGACCAUAGUCCUGGUCCUGGACAACUCGAACAACAACAGUCGUCCCAUUCUGCAUAGAGCCGGGAAGAUCCUGAACUGUGAGGGGACUCUGGCGUCCAUUGAGCAGCCAGAGAAGCAGCACAGUUACGGGAGGAACGAGGGAGCCUGGAUGAAGGAUCCUCUGGCUAAAGACUCCAAGAUCUAUGUCACUAACUAUUACUAUGGCAACAACCUGGUGGAGUUCAGGAACCUGGACAACUUCAAACAAGGCCGCUGGAGCAACCUUUUCAAACUGCCUUACAACUGGAUAGGAACAGGCCACGUGGUUUACAAUGGAGCCUUCUACUACAACAGAGCCUUCACCAAGAACAUCAUCAAGUACGACCUGAGGAUGCGAUACGUGGCAGCCUGGACACUACUGCACGACGUGGUUUACGAGGACACCACCCCCUGGAAGUGGAGGGGCCACUCGGACAUCGACUUUGCGGUGGAUGAAAGCGGCCUGUGGGUGAUCUACCCCUCAAUGGACUAUGACUACAACCAGCAGGAGGUGAUCGUCAUCAGUAAACUGGAUCCUGGAGACCUGUCCUUGAAAAAGGAGACCACCUGGAGGACCGGUCUCAAGAGGAACUCUUAUGGGAACUGCUUCAUCAUCUGCGGCGUAUUGUACGCCGUCAAUGUGUACAACCAGAAAGAAGGUGAGGUGAACUAUGCUUACGACACCCACACCAACACUGAAGCCAUCCCACGCCUGCCCUUCACCAAUGAAUACUCCUUCACCACGCAGAUCGACUACAAUCCCAAGGAGAAGGUUUUGUACGCCUGGGACAAUGGCCAUCAGCUGACAUAUCGGGUAAACUUUGUCGACCAGUGAGCACAGUGAGGUUGUGCUACAGAUAAGCUCAAAUAGGCCUGCCAGUCUGGCACCUACAGGAAGAAGAAGCUCAGUAUUUGACAGCCUACAAACAGGCAUAUUGGACUAAACAGGACAAAGGAUGAAUCUACACCAGCCUUCCAGUACCAAUGCACGCUAUUCAAACAGCUGACCUCACAGUGGACCAAACAUACAUGCCUCAAAGAUGUAUUGGGAUGUGUUUGUACAGUAUGUCAAUAGAAUGAGACAAAAACAGUGGAAAUAAUCAAACAGGUUGAGUUAAAGCUGAGAGUUUAGAGUCAUACAGAUUUCUUCAUAUUGUCUUUAUAUGUCAGCAGGCUGGUUAACAAGCAGAGAGAUGAAUGGUGUGUUUAAAGCAGACACAGCCCCUGUUGGUUUCUGAAACUUUGACGCCUGCAUUUUGGAUUUAUUCAGAUGUCAUAGUAGAUGCUGGUAGUUUCUGAGGCCUGCCAGUGAUAUGAGCAGCAGCAGAGAGAGGUUAACUAAUCAAGCAGAAACUUUAAGUGUUAACAUCCUUACUUCAUUAUGUCAUUAAUCUCAUUAUAAAAUUGUUAUAUGGUCUGGGUUGCUGUAGUUCUUCCUCCUGAUGGUGAAGUGAUGCUCUCCUCAAACAGCCACAGUGUAAAAGAUGGCGGGAAACACUACUUGUUUUGAGUCAGUCAUGCUAGAUGAACUUUAUAAUGCAUUUUUACACAAAAGGAUUUUGUACCCAGUUUCUUGACAACCACUUUAGACAGGAGGAGAAAUGAUUACAGCGACCAGUAAAUCCAUUUGGCCAUGUGGUUUUGUAUCAAAACAGACCUGGGAAAUAAGCUUGGGCUGAUAUUCAAUAACAUCGCAAUAAUAUCGAAUACUGCAGUGUUUCCAAUUGCAUUUGCAAUAUCUCUCAUAAUCUUGAAAAUAUCACCCCCUCAUCGAUGAAAUUGUAUAUCACAAUAAUUGGGCUGGAGAUUAUUAUCGAUUUUACAUUUUGUUUAUCGCCCAGCCCAAUGGGAAAAUCUCAGAACCUAGCCACUGAUGAAAUAAUAUAUUUUUAGCAGCAUUAGUGUUUCCUUUUUGUUUAACCCUCCUCUCAGUCAGUGCCCAGGUACUCUUUUGACCACAAGUGUGACUGUGUAGCUAUAUAAAACCCUAGCCAUUAGCUUACCUGAUACAGUAGUUCACCAGCUAACCCUGCAGGUAGUCUCUAUGUCACAGAACCUCCAGCACUGGCAUUUUCUUCAGGACACGUGGUUUCUGAUGUGAGAGGUGUUGGAUUAUAAUGUUUUCUCUGAACACCUGUAGGAAUCCAGUUGGUACGUUCCUUGUUGGCAAGCAGGAUUUGAGUGCUCUACCUGAACACUGGUCUCUAUUUUUUUUUUUUUUUUUUCUAGUUUUGGGGGGUUUUAACAGGAAAUUAAAUAUAUUCGGCCACAGUUGUUGACACUUGGUUUGAAUUUUUAAGCUUUAAGAAAAAUAGCCUAACAAGCUAAUGUAUUAGAUUAUGCAGCAUGGCUGGAUUCAGUAACCAUUUAGGCUUCCUAAUCUUAGACACCAAACAGUUUUUACAGAGCGGGUGUUUCUUGGCUCCGCACCCUGGCAUUUAACUCAACCGAGGAGAUUAUUUCUUCUGAGAAAUGUUUGUCACACUAAACUAUUAGCUGUGGUUUCACUUGUCCAUCUACUCCAUCCUAUCACCAAGCACUUUGACCAUGAUUCUGCUUUGUUUAUUAUUCCGGCCUCCUGAUGCUUCCUGUCUCUUUACCAUAGAUAUUGUUUUGAGGAAUGUGUUGAAUAUAAUAUGAACUCCAAAAAACACACUUUUAUACUUACAUGAAUUCAUUUGACUAUUAAUAUCAUACAGAGUUCCAUGCAUCUUGUUAUAUUUCUGUCGUUGUGUAAAAGUAUGCAGAUUUUGCCACUACAUUUGUUGUAAUUAUUGUGAAUUUGAACAUUUCACCUCAGUGCAAAUUAAGAAGCGCGAUCAGUCAUGCUAACACAACAGCUGCCUGUUCCAUGUCCAACAAUGGACGCCAUAAACCAUCAAUGAUUUAAUGUCUGACAGUGACAGCAGAACUGUGUGAGACACAUAGUGGCGAUGAUAAGCUUUAACAUAUGUAUUCUGUUAUAGCACUUCAUAGUGUUGUUUCAGUCUCAUACACAUUUCAUUAUUCACAACUGAAUUAUUCUAUUCUGUCAAGUUUGUUGAUAAAAGACAUGCUGAUUGCAAUAAAGAAUUUUGGUCAA